GUGACUCUGAUGGCUCUAGGAGGCAUUAUCGGCCCCGGAUCGAUCGUUGGUUUGGGAGUGUAUCUCCAUAAGGAUGGUCCAGCUGCUCUUGUGGUUGACUACAGUAUAGUGGGGCUGGUGGCUUUCACGCUAAUGCAGUCAAUCGGGGAGCUAAACUUCUUGUUCCCUUCUACAAACGGGUUCUCGAACCACAUUACAAGAUUUGUUGACGAGGCCUUUUCGGCAAUGACUUCGUAUAACUACCUGGUGGUUUGGAUUGCUGUUCUCAUGUCUGAGUACAUUUCGCUGUCGUCUACUCUCAACUUUUGGGCCCCUGCAGUGCCGCUCUGGGGAUUUUUCCUUAUCUUCUGGGUGUUUUUCUUGUCGAUCCAAUUUUUAGGUGUUGCAGGCUACGGAGAAGAGAAUACUGGCUGGCCAUUAUCAAGCUUCUUGGACUCACCGCGUUCUACAUUUUCACUAUUGUCUACAUGAGCGGAGGAGUUAAAGGUACCCCUGCCUUUGGAUUUAGGAACUUCAAGACUCCAUGGGCAGACCAAUCCGCCAUGAAGUCUCUUGCAAGUGCCAUUGUCAAUUGCUCCACUGCAUAUGUGGGUGUUGAGCUUAUGUCGUUGAAUGCUGCUGAAACGAAAGACCCGAUUAGGGCCAUCCCAAUCGCCGUGAGACAGACCCUGAUCAGGAUCAUCUACAUCUUUUUGGGUCUUGCCCUGUCUUACGGUAUUGCUGUUCCUUAUGAUUCGCCUCAAUUCUCCAGCACAGUGACUUCUCUCCGUUCGCCAAUCUAUGUGGCCCUUUACAACGCAGGGUGGCACAAUGCUCACCAUCUGGUGAACAUUUUUGUUGUGAUUGUCGCUCUGAGUGCUAUCAACUCUGCUAUUUACAUUGGCUCCAGAACCAUCGUGAACAUGGCAAAUGAGAACAUGAUCCCAUUUCCCAAAUUCUUCAGCAGAGUCAACCGCCAUGGAGUGCCGUACGUGGCUACCAUCACAUUUAACGUCUUUGGGUUCCUGGGUCUGUUGUCUGUUGGAAGUGGCUCGAAGACAGCCUACAGUUGUUUUGUGAGUGUUUCCGGCGUGUCUAGUUUCUUUGUCUGGUCCGCCAUUUGUUUUGCACAAAUCCGAUUUAGGAUUGGCUGGGUCCGCAGUGGACGCAAAGUCUCAGACUUGCCGUACCGAUGUCUCUGGUACCCAUUCACACCUGUGCUCUGCAUAUGCAUGUGUCUUUUCUUAGCCCUGAUCCAAGGUUGGAUGUACUUGAAGCCAUUUGACCACUCGUGGUUUAUCGAUGCGUACAUCAUGUUCCCACUCUCUGCAAUUUUCUACUUUGGCUACAAGUUGUGGAAGAAAACGAAAUGGGUGAAGUACGAAGAGAUGGACUUUGAGACUGGACGCAGGUAUGAUCUUGAAGAAGAAUUGAGACAUCUCAAGCUGGAGAGACAACUGAAUCCGCUCACGCGCAAGCAGAAAGUCAAGGAAUUUUUCUCCGAGUGGAUUUGACUUCGCUAUGGCUCUCGUCUAUUCAACUACAAUGAUAAGAGGAGAGCUGCUGGCAGAAAUUAAAGAAGAGUAUUUAAAAACCGUGCCGUUUAU